AUGUCGACCUAUCACUCGAGUUCAGACGAAGAACAUGUUCAACAAUCAGGCUACACCUUCAGACCUUCCCAUCAAUCGUUCCUCCGCGAGAAGCUCGAUGGAUACGUUGGCGCAGAGAAAAAAAAAAAGAGCAAGUACGUGAAGAAGGUGGCCAGUCACUUGCAGAAGGAGAUAGAAGAGUCGUCAGGAAAUGAGAUGACCCAGGAGGAAUUUCGUAGGUUGAAAGAGGCUGUACGCCUUUGGUUUCAGCAUCAAUCAGGUCCUCAGAAGAAACUCAAAGAGAUAUGGGAUUGCCGGUGGAACUCGCGGCUAGUCUUUAUGAGGCUAAACGCGGCGAAGAUCAAGGCAUUGGCUCAUCGUAUGGUUGGUGGAGAGGUUGACGUCGACCAAUUUUUGGAAGACUGGGACAGAGGCGAGGUAGAUGAUGUGGAUGGGGAGCAGGGGAAAGGUCGGAACCCCAAGACGAAAGGAAAGAAGGGAGGUGAAGAUGACUGGUUUUUCAAUCAUUAUCAGGCAGCAGCGUCUCUUCUCAUCAAAGAAUUACCGGAGACAGAGAAAGCUCACUAUGCUGCGGUCGCGGAGAAGUGGAAGAAGCAAGGGCCUCCGGAGGAGCAACAGAGCAAGUUGGCAGAUAAGGCGGCGACGAAGAAGGCUUACUCGUUUGCAAAGUUUGUUGACAAACAGCUCAACGGCGUUGCAGUCAUGUUGUUAGGAUGGAAAGGCGAGGAUGGCAAGCCUACUGCUGUCAAAGUGGAGUUCACAGAGGAACUGGGCAGGGGUCCCAAUUUCAUCGACGUCCAGCAGAAGAAGAUUGAGUCUAUGUUCAGAGACUUCAAGUCGUAUGUCUGGAAACUGUAUAACGACGACAGCGACGCUGAGGAAGAUGAUUGGGUCAAAACUAAGAACCUGAAGAAGCCCAUCAUGGAGAUGAGAACCAACGAAUACGGGGAGCCCUUCCUUCCCAACCCCAAUACCAGGAAGAUGGGCGAGCAGCGGGGGGACUGGUAUGCUCGUGCCUUGCGAUCCUUCUUCAUCUACCACUACGGUGAGCACUUCCGCCCUUUGAUUUACCGGUCCCUGAUUGAGCGCAUUCCAGCUUGCUCCUCCAACAACAGCCCUGAACACGUACGGUUCCCCUGGUCGAAACUUGAAGAGAACAAGAGGGCCUUCAUCAAGCCUGGGUUCUUACCAGAUGACUGCCUGGAUUUGCUCAAGGAGCCUUCGGACAUGAAGGUUGCCGCCCGUGUCCAGGUUUUCGACUACCUUUACGAGCGUCAGCGGGAGGCUAGGGAAGUGCCGUCCAAGGCGAACCAGCAGACUUUCGAGAUUUCGUGUUAUGUCGACAGAUGGGGCGAACUUCAGAUCAGGGCUCCCAGGAAAAAAAAAAACAGGUCGACUGAUUCAACUGACAGUGAUCUGGAGAUGGAGAUUUUCAUCAACAGGGUGCGAAAGGAGGACUCGGCGAGAGGGAGAGGGAGGGACGAAGAACCUGUGUCCCAUGGAUCUAAGAAGAGGAAGAAGGGUGAUUCUGAUCGACGUGAAGAUUCUAACCUUGGGGCAGAGAAGACUCCCCGAUCUCACACCAUGAACAACCUGCAGGCGUCUGCUGCCAAAAACCCGUUUCAACUUAGAUUUUCAAGGUGGAUCAACGAUGACGGGGAUCAUGAUUCCCGGUCGGGUGUUGCGGGUCAGGAUCGCUACGAUGACCUGGGGGGGGAUGGGGAUCAUGGUGGGCAGGAUGAUGGCAUGGGGUCGGAUGACAUAGGUCGGAAUUGCAAUGACGACUUUGGCGGAGAUGGGGGUAGCAGUGAUGAUGACGACUUGUGGGAUCGUGAUAGUGAUGAAGACUUAGGUGGAGAUGGGGAUCGUGGGGAGCAGGGCCAUGGCAUGGGGUUGGAUGAUGCAGGUCAGGAUCCUGACCGAGAUUUGGGCGGAGAUGAGGAUAAUGAUGAGGAGGGUGAUGACAUGGAGGAUGAUGUAGAUGCCGAAGAAGGCCGCAGAUUUGACAAUGGGGUUAGGGAUGCUGACGACAACGAUUUCGACAACGAUGGAGUUGAUGACAUCGAACAGGAAACGCCUCCACAGCGCCCGCCGGAGGACCGCUACCAGGGAAGGCGCACUCGCUCGAGGUCGCAGGCUCAAGAUGCAUUGGAGGAAGGGGCGAGCGAGGAUGAUAGUGAUCAACCAUCAAGCUUCCAAGGCAUCAGAACGAGACGUCAGCGUCGCGAGGAUGCACAUCCUAAGUCGACUGAUGAAAGGUCGCGGACUACUCGCAAUCGACAGACUGCUGCAAACCCAGAAAACGCUAAACCCGUCGGCAAGAGGAAGGAUUAUCCGGUCCCGUUGACGAGCCCAUCCAAGCGCCCGCGGGUUGAAGCUUCCACUCAAUCAAAGUCAUCGAGUCACAAAAAAACUAGUCAAACCAGCAAGAGGGAAGCACCCCCUCCUCGGACUCCUAAGAGACAGAAACCUGCUGCGAAUGGAAGGAAGGAGGCUGUAACGCCAAAGAAGAGGGUUGCUGGACGGCGAUGA